AGCGGCACCGAGUGACAGCGCUGAGAGGCUUAAGAUCUCCGGAGCAGAGCGGCUCGCCAUGGCUGGCCCGCAGCAGCAGCCCCCUUACCUACACCUGGCCGAGCUGACUGCAUCCCAGUUCCUGGAAAUCUGGAAGCACUUUGACGCUGACGGAAAUGGGUACAUUGAAGGUAAAGAGCUGGAAAACUUCUUCCAGGAGCUGGAGAAGGCAAGGAAAGGUUCUGGCAUGAUGUCCAAGAGUGACAAUUUUGCAGAGAAGAUGAAGGAGUUCAUGCAGAAGUAUGAUAAGAACUCAGAUGGGAAAAUUGAGAUGGCGGAGCUGGCGCAGAUCCUGCCAACUGAAGAGAAUUUCCUUUUGUGCUUCAGGCAGCACGUGGGCUCCAGCGCGGAGUUUAUGGAGGCCUGGCGGAAGUAUGACACGGACAGAAGUGGCUACAUUGAAGCCAAUGAGCUGAAGGGAUUCCUGUCCGACCUCCUGAAGAAGGCCAACCGGCCCUAUGAUGAACCAAAGCUCCAGGAGUACACCCAGACCAUACUACGGAUGUUUGACUUAAACGGAGAUGGCAAAUUGGGCCUCUCAGAGAUGUCUAGACUCUUGCCUGUACAAGAAAACUUCCUGCUGAAAUUUCAGGGUAUGAAGCUGACCUCAGAAGAGUUCAAUGCCAUCUUCACAUUUUAUGACAAGGAUGGAAGCGGCUACAUUGAUGAGAAUGAAUUGGACGCCCUCCUGAAGGAUCUGUAUGAGAAGAACAAGAAGGAGAUGAACAUCCAACAGCUCACCACCUACAGGAAGAGUGUCAUGUCCCUGGCAGAGGCAGGGAAGCUCUACAGAAAGGACCUGGAGAUUGUGCUCUGCAGUGAGCCCCCUGUGUAG